GUGUAUGAGAACUUUUUUCUUCCUUUUUCCCACUCAAUUAAUCAUCACAUGACCCCUUAGAUUUGUCUUUUGACCUUAUGGAGGAACACUGACCCCUAGGUUGGAAAACACUGGACUAAACUUGAGAACUGUAUAUAAAGUAGUUAGCUCCCCCUCGACCAGCUACAACAGUGAAAUACUGCUUACACAUUGAUGCAUCAGUAUCAACUAUCUAAUCAAUCACAGAGACCAUUUUUCAAGUACUUUUACUGUGGAUACUUCAAGUAUAUUUAGCUCAUAAUACUUCUUUUAAGUAGGAUUUUUGAAUGCAUGACUUAUGCUUGUAAUAGAGUGUUUUUACAUGGUGUAUUGACACUUACUUAAGUAACUUUUUCCAUCGCUGACUCUGAUUCUUUACCGUAUAAACCAGUAAAAUGUCCCUCUAUUUUCAUCCAUUCUGUUUUAAGUGACAGCAGCAUUCACUUAAUCUGUCUGCUGGCCUGAGUCCUCUGUCCUCUCAGACUGCUUCUGUGUCCCUCUCAUAUCUCUCUGCUGGCUGAUUUCUCUCUUCCAUCAUCAUGGCUCCAUUGCCUCCCCUCCCCUGCCUCCGCCUCCGGUCUCCCGGUGUCUCAGCAGCACUCUGCUUCACCUCUCUGAUUUUAAUGUCUCAGGGGACGCUGCAGACCGUCAUGAAAACUAAGCCCUCCCUGGACGGGGGCGCUGACCUCCUGAGGAACCGGGAGGCUCAAGAGGUCCCCCCUCUGAGGAACUACCUCUGUCUCACCAUGUUCACCUGUUUCUGCCCUGCAUGGCCAAUCAAUAUUGUGGCGCUGGUUUUCUCUGUGCUGGCCCAAAAGAGCCACGAUGAGGAGGACUACGAAGGCUCUAAGCGGCUGGGUCAGAAAGCCCUCCACCUGGGGAUCGCUUCUUUCCUCAUUGGCUUCAUGAUCAUUGCUGCAUACAUCAUUGUGCACUUCACUUCGCAUCUGCUUUGACCACAUGAGGAGGAAGGCAUAGUGGAAGUGGAGCAGAGUGAACUCUGUGAUGGAGAGAUCAGCUCCAUGAGAAGAAGAGGAGCUCUCCUUGGCUCCUGUCAUCAACAGCUCUGGAGGUUUCGUAAGAGCUGGCAGACUCUGAACAUGACUGAACACAUCUUGGUUUCAGCUGCUGUGUUCAUUAUAUUGCGACACAAUUUGUUACCAUUUUUACAAUUGCACGGUGGUAGAAAUAAUUAUGCAAAGAUCAUAAAGAGGACCCUAAAAUGCUUUCACUGCCCUGAAAAGUGAGGCUCAUGUGUUACACCUUUGUAACUUAAGGCCUAUAAUGGACUGUUUUACAAAACCCAUUAGUUAUAAUGUGUAAAUAUUGAUAACUGACUUGUAAUCUAACAUUGCCAAUUCCAAGCAGAGGAAUAUGAAUGAAAUAUUUCUCUGGUUAAUGUACAUGUUGUGUAGAUAAAGUCUAAAAUAAAAGAAAAUCACUUUCACAAAGCAAAACUACAAAUGCAAUCUGAUAGAUCACUUUAAAGUUAGAUACUGACAUAAAAUGAAAAUGAAUUAUGAGCUACCAGCUCUUCCUCACUCGCU